AAUACCGUGGACGCACUAGGCGAAAGCUGUGUGGUACGUGUUGUGCGAGUGCUUGUGUGACUCAUUCCACUGGAUCUCAGAAUCGAGUUAUCAGGAAAAGGGGACAGUUCAAUACGAAUUAAAACGGUGUGGACAGUGUCACCCGUUGGAGCGAUGUCUUACCCAAUGCCGUCGAACCAGUCGCGACCAGUGUCCCACGGUAACUACCAGGGUCCCUGUGACCUCCCAAUGGGUUCCUCAAAGGAGCAAACCCUGAUGUGGCAGCAGAACUCCUACAUGGGUGAUUCCGGCAUUCACUCUGGAGCGGCCACCCAGGCCCCCUCGCUCUCUGGCAAAGAGGACGACGAGAUGGAGGGGGACCAGCUGAUGUUCGACCUGGACCAGGGAUUCACCCAGAACCUCACCCAGGACCAGAUAGACGAGGUGAACCAGCAGUUGAGCCACACUCGCUCCCAGCGUGUGCGAGCAGCAAUGUUCCCCGAGACUCUGGAGGAGGGGAUUGAAAUUCCCUCGACGCAGUUCGAUCCUGCCCAGCCGACAGCUGUUCAGCGACUCGCUGAGCCCAGUCAGAUGCUUAAACAUGCUGUUGUCAAUCUGAUAAACUACCAGGACGACGCUGAUCUGGCCACACGAGCCAUUCCAGAGCUCAUCAAGCUCCUCAACGACGAGGACCAGGUGGUGGUGUCACAGGCUGCCAUGAUGGUGCACCAGCUCUCGAAGAAGGAAGCCUCUCGCCACGCCAUCAUGAACAGCUCGCAGAUGGUGGCCGCCUUGGUCAGGGCCAUCUCCAACAGCGACGACCUCGAGUCGACGAAAGCUGCUGUGGGAACUCUUCACAAUUUGUCCCAUCACAGGCAGGGGCUUCUCGCCAUAUUCAAGAGUGGGGGCAUCCCCGCUCUCGUUAAAUUACUCAGCUCUGGGGUGGAGUCUGUCCUGUUCUAUGCUAUCACCACUCUUCAUAACCUUUUGCUUCAUCAGGAUGGCUCCAAAAUGGCCGUUCGCCUCGCUGGGGGGCUUCAGAAAAUGGUGGCUCUGCUACAACGGAAUAAUGUCAAGUUUCUGGCUAUUGUCACGGACUGCCUGCAGAUCCUCGCGUAUGGGAAUCAGGAGAGCAAACUUAUUAUUCUUGCUUCACAGGGACCCAUCGAACUUGUGAGGAUCAUGAGGUCUUAUGAUUAUGAGAAACUGCUGUGGACUACUUCCAGGGUUUUGAAAGUAUUGUCAGUAUGCUCCAGCAACAAGCCAGCGAUUGUCGACGCAGGUGGUAUGCAAGCAUUGGCCAUGCACUUGGGCAAUGCGAGCCAGAGGCUCGUGCAGAAUUGUCUCUGGACCCUGCGAAAUCUCUCAGACGCUGGGACGAAGGUCGAUGGCCUCGAGGGACUACUCCAGGGGUUGGUUCAGGUUCUUGCGUCCAAUGACGUCAAUGUCGUAACUUGUGCCGCUGGAAUUCUGUCUAAUCUCACGUGCAAUAAUCAACGUAACAAGGCAACAGUCUGCAAUGUUGGUGGUGUUGACGCCCUCGUGCGUACAAUCGUAAAUGCCGGUGAUCGUGAAGAGAUCACAGAGCCAGCAGUCUGUGCCCUUCGUCACCUGACAUCACGUCACGUCGAGGCAGAAAUGGCACAGAAUGCUGUACGCAUUAAUUACGGUAUUCAGGUGAUAGUGAAGCUCCUUCAUCCACCAUCACGUUGGCCACUGGUCAAAGCUGUCAUUGGGCUCAUUCGUAAUCUGGCGCUGUGCCCAGCCAACCACGUCCCACUGCGCGAACAUGGGGCUAUUCAUCAUCUCGUGAGGCUUCUUGGUCGAGCAUUCCAGGAUACAGAGAGGCAAAGAGCCUCUGUGACGGGCAUGGGGAGCCAGCAAGCUUACGCUGAUGGUGUUCGUAUGGAGGAGAUCGUUGAAGGAACUGUUGGUGCACUCCAUAUUCUUGCGAGAGAAUCACAUAAUAGGGCUAUUAUAAGGGCUCAGAGUGUGAUUCCAAUCUUUGUUCAAUUGCUGUUCAAUGAAAUCGAGAACAUCCAACGUGUGGCAGCAGGAGUGCUCUGCGAACUGUCCAACGACAAGGAAGGCGCUGAGAUGAUCGAGCAAGAAGGUGCAACAGCACCCCUCACAGAACUCCUCCACUCGCGCAACGAGGGUGUCGCAACCUACGCAGCAGCCGUGCUGUUCCGUAUGAGUGAUGACAAGCCUCAGGACUACAAGAAACGUCUCUCACUGGAGCUGACUAACUCGCUAUUCCGUGAGGACACGAAUAUGUGGAAUAAUGCGGACUUUGGAAUGGGUCCGGAUCUACAGGACAUGCUCGGCCCUGACCAAGGUUAUGAUGGUAUGUAUGGACAGGGACCUCCUAGUGUUCACAGCAGUCACGGUGGACGUGGUUAUCAACCCCAAGCCGGUUAUGACCAGAUACCAAUAGACUCAAUGCAAGGAUUAGAAAUAGGGGGUGGUUCAACAUAUGGCGCUAUGGACGCUAUGGAUGUGGCACACGAGGGUGACUUGAGCUUUGAUCAUCUGGCUGAGCUUCCAGCGCCGCCGCAGGACAACAAUCAAGUCGCAGCCUGGUACGACACAGACUUGUAAAAAAAAGUCCCAUGCAGAAAAAUGAGAGUUUUCUUUAAAUGUCUGUGGACACAGCCCGCGCUGGAGGCUCUCCUCGAAAUUAACGAAGGCCGGGUGAAAUAGUAUUUUUUAUUGAAUUCAUUUGGCAUGACGUUCAUGAAUAAAAUAUCAUCAAUUGAGACAAAGAAAUAAUCAAUUUCUAUUUGAUUUGAAGAGUGUUAUUUUUUUUAACGAAGGGAAAUGCAUUCUCUCAUUCAUUAUUCAUCAGUUCCAUAUUUACCCAUUCAUUUGUGAAUUUACACGUCAAGUGUACUCGACAAUUUGCCCAGAGUAUUAAUUAAAAUAUAAUUGACAUCUCUCAACUACAAAUUGUUAUUUUAUUCAUCAACAGAACGACGAAUUACUCUUUAUUUUUAGCCAAUGGCUAAUAAAUUCUAUUAUUUUUUCUAUGUAUUUUAAUUUUUAUAUUAUAUAUUAUUACAUACGCAAUUAUCGUGUAAUGCGCAGGAUACGCCUACAAUUGAGGCUCUUAUUCACUCUUUCGUUAAAGUUUUUUUUGCAAUUGAUAAAUAAUCGACUGAAAUAAGAGAGAAUAUUUGUUAUACAAAGUGAGCAAAAAAAAAUUACGUCUCCUGUAUUUUUUAUUUGUCUAUAAUCGCGUUAAUGAGAAAUCUUCGUAACAUAGUAUUAUAAGAAUUGGAUACUGUUUUUUCGAGAAACCAUUCAACACUGAAACGAGUAAAUUAAGAGUAAUCAUUAAAAAAUGGAGAUUCACAGGCCAUAAGAAUAAACAAUCCCGUUUUCAUGCGAAUUCUGAGGAAAUGAAGAAAAACUAUUUAUACAAUUUUUCGUCCCCCCUGAAGUGUUAGUGCAGCUCGACUAUGAAUUAAAUUAAUUACAAUCACGUAUUAAACAAUUAUAUCAAUGGAUUUUUCGCAUUAUACAUUUUACAGGGUCGUAACGGAGAAAACACAAAUCAAGAUGAAUUAAAAUUAAAUAUAUAUUAAUUUCAUUUAUCAUUAAUUAAUAUGUAGGUAAAAUUGCACCGAGCGGAUUUUUGGGGUAUCAGUUCGAAAAUCCGUGCGUCGUCAAUGUAAAUUAGAUUUAACGACAAAACAAAUAAAACAAAAUCAAAUAUGUAAUUCGUACAGGUAUAUGUAUCGUUUACUUGUCCAUACGAAUAAAAUAAAAACGUCAAAAAUCCAUUUG